GGUAACUAGUGACGGCCGUCUACUAGGCACCAACGUUGGGUGCUCACUUGUCCUCUUCGCAGCGGUAAAAGCUGUAUAAUGUUCUUACUACCCGUUUGUCUUGAUUCGUAAACAUGUCUGCAAAAGGAGUAGGAACGAGGGGUUUUUAUUUCAACACUGUAUUGUCCCUGGCGCGCUCUUUGGCCGCACACCGCCCAGCGCCGAUAGAUAAGGUCCAAAAGCUCCAAUGCAUGUGUCCAGUGGACUUCCGAGGGGUGUUCCAGCUGGACGAGAGGAGGAGGGAUGCGGUCCUCGCUCUGGGUAUCUUCCUGGUCAAGUCUGACCUACAGCACAAAGACUCUAUUGUCCCCUACCUGCUGGGGCUGCUGAAGGGACUUCCCAGAGUCCAGUGGAUCGAAGAAAGCUCUGGAAGCAAAGGGCGGGAUAUCCUUCCGGUGGCAGAGAACUUCUGCUUCUGUCUGGUCACUCUUCUCUCAGACGUGGCCCAGCGAGAUGACACCCUGCGAGGACAGAUCGUGGAGGCCGUCAUGGACAUAAUGCAGGUCCUGCUAGACAUCUGCUUGAACUCAGAGGGACAUGAUAAAGAAUACCUGUGCAGGUACACUGUGCCCUGCUUGUUGGGUGUGGCCCGGGCCUUUGGUCGCUAUAGCAACACGGAGGAGCCCCUGCUGUCCAAGCUGUUUCCGCGGGCCGAAGCCCCGCCAGUGUCCACUGGCAAUGAUGUCGACCCAUCACGACGGCGCUCCUUCAACGACUUCCGCUCCAUCAUGCCUGCCUCGCUGCUCACAGUCUGUCAGGGAGACACCAUCAGACGCAAAGGAAGCUCCGUGUCCAGCAUAUCACAACAGGCCAGUCCAGAGAGAGCAGGACUCACCCCCAGCUCCCCAGCUGACCCCUCAGCACAGUACUUUGAAGGCUCCUAUCUCCCUGAUGGUAGUGCUGUGGACCCAGACUAUUACUUCUCCACCAUCAGUUCUAGUUUCUCUGUGUCUCCUCUGUUUACGGGCAGUGCCCAGGGAGAGUUUGACGUCCCUCUGGACGUUCUGCGCCAGCUCCUCAACAUGGUUGAGCAGUUUGUCUCUGAAUCCUUUCUGAAAACACUGGAUAACACCCUGCAGGAACUUCUGGAGUUGAACCCAGGGAUGCACCUGCACUAUAGGACCUUCAGUGACCCUCUGUAUGUGACCAUCUUCAAGAUGCUCAGAGACACGCUGUACAACCUGAAAGACCUGCAUACAGGCUAUGUGAAGGAGGUUCAUGACUUUGUGCUGAAGCAGUUCAGUAGUAGCCAGUCAGAGCUGCAGAGGAUCCUACAUGAUGUAGAUCACCUCCACAGUGAACUGAGUCCUCUGAAGCUACGCUGCCAGGCUAACGCUGCCUGUGUCGACCUCAUGGUCUGGGCUGUCACUGAGGAGCAGGGAGCUGAGAACCUGUGUACCAAGCUGUCAGAGAAACUGCAAUCCAAGACGUCCAGUAAAGUUAUCAUCGCUCACAUUCCCCUGCUCGUCUGCUGUCUACAGGGUCUGGGUCGUCUGUGUGAGCGGUUCCCGGUGGUGGCCCACUCUGUCACCACGUCUCUCAGAGACUUCCUGGUGGUCCCCUCUCCUGUCCUUGUAAAGCUGUACAAGUACCACAGCCAGAACACCACAGGGACUGGCGAGAUCAAGAUCCAUGUGACCAAUGAGCACUCCCAGUCUACGUUCAGUGCUCACGCUAAUAAGAAGAGCCAGCCCUCCAUGUACGAACAGCUCCGAGACAUCUCCAUUGACAACAUCUGCAGGUGUCUGAAGGCAGGUCUAACUAUGGACAGUGUUAUAGUGGAGGCUUUCCUGGCCAGCCUGUCCAACCGUCUCUACAUCUCUCAGGAGAAUGACAAGGAGGCCCAUCUGAUCCCAGACCACACCAUCAGAGCGCUGGGUCACAUCGCGGUGGCUCUGAGGGACACGCCACGCGUCAUGGAGCCCAUCCUGCAGAUCCUACAGCAGAAGUUCUGCCAGCCACCGUCACAGCUAGACGUACUCAUUAUAGAUCAGCUGGGAUGCAUGGUCAUCACUGGGAACCAAUAUAUCUACCAGGAGGUGUGGAACCUGUUCCAGCAAAUCAGUGUGAAGGCCUCCUCCAUGGUGUACUCCACCAAGGACUACAAGGACCAUGGAUACAGACACUGUUCCCUGGCUGUGAUCAAUGCAUUAGCUAACAUAGCUGCCAACCUGGCAACAGAGCAGAUGGUUGAUGAGUUGCUGGUCAACCUACUGGAGCUGUUUGUCCAGCUGGGGCUGGAGGGAAAGAGGGCCAGCGAGAGGGCCUCGGACAAGGGCCCUGCACUGAAGGCUUCGAGCAGUGCUGGAAACCUUGGAGUACUCGUUCCUGUUAUUGCUGUGCUGACGAAGCGUCUACCGCCCAUCAAGGAAGCAAAGCCUCGUCUGCAGAAGCUGUUCAGAGACUUCUGGCUCUACUCUGUGGUGAUGGGUUUCGCUGUUGAGGGAUCAGGUCUGUGGCCAGAGGAGUGGUAUGAGGGAGUGUGUGAGAUCGCCACCAAGUCUCCCCUCCUCACCUUCCCCAGUGGAGAACCUCUACGCUCUGAACUACAGUACAACUCUGCCCUGAAGAACGACACCGUCACAGCGGCGGAGCUGAAUGACCUGAGGAGCACCAUUAUAAACCUGCUAGAUCCUCCUCCUGAGGUGUCUGCUCUCAUCAACAAACUAGACUUUGCCAUGUCUACCUACCUACUGUCUGUCUACAGGCUGGAGUACAUGAGGAUGCUGCGCGCUCUGGACUCUGACCGCUUCUCUUCUCUCACCAGGAUGCUGCGCGCUCUGGACUCUGACCGUUUCCAGGUGAUGUUCCGCUACUUUGAGGACAGAGCCAUCCAGAAGGACAAGUCUGGUAUGAUGCAGUGUGUGAUAGCGGUGGGGGACAAGGUGUUUGAGGUCUUCCUACACAUGAUGGCUGAGAAGCCGAAGACUAAAGCCCAUGAGGAGGAGUUGGAGCGCCACGCUCAGUUCCUAUUGGUCAACUUCAACCACGUCCACAAGAGGAUCCGUAGGGUGGCCGACAAAUACCUGUCAGGUCUGGCCGAAACGUUCCCUCACCUGCUGUGGAGUGGCCGUGUACUGAAGACGAUGCUGGACAUCCUGCAGACUCUCUCCCUUUCCCUCAGUGCAGACAUCCAUAAGGACCAGCCUUACUAUGACAUCCCAGAUACCCCCUACAGGAUCACUGUGCCGGACACAUACGAGGCCAGAGAGAGCAUAGUGAAGGACUUUGCUGCUCGCUGCGGGGAGAUCCUGAAGGAGGCCAUGAAGUGGGCCCCCUCUGUCACCAAGUCACACCUACAGGAGUACCUAAACAAGCAUCAGAACUGGGUGUCCGGUCUGUCCCAGCACACUGGCCUGGCCAUGGCUACAGAGAGCAUCCUGCACUUCGCUGGCUACAACAGACAGAGCACUACACUAGGGAUCACCCAGCUGACAGAAAGGCCAGCCUGUGUGAAGAAGGACUACUCCAACUUCAUGGCUUCACUCAACCUGAGAAACCGCUAUGCCGGAGAGGUGGCAGGUAUGAUCCAUUUCAGUAAGGCAGUGCGUAGCCAGUCAGACCUGUCCAGGCUGAUGGUCAGACAGACGACAGAGGCUCUAGAAGCCCAGAACCCUGAGGCCUUCACUGAGAACAUGUUCAAACUGGCAGCACUGCUCAUCAGCACUAAAGAAUGUGAUCCUCAGCUGCUGCACCACCUGUGUUGGUCUCCUCUGAAGAUGUUUACAGAACACGGCAUGGAGACGGCUAUCGCCUGCUGGGAGUGGCUGCUGGCUGCUCGCACAGGAGUAGAGGUCCCGUUCAUGCGUGAGAUGGCGGGGGCGUGGCAGAUGACAGUGGAGCUGAAGAUGGGCUUGUUCUCUGAUGCGCAGGUGGAGGCUGAUCCCCUAGCAGCCUCAGAGGAGAGUCAGCCUGUCCCUUGCCCCCCCGCCGUCACACCUCACUGCAUUUGGAUAGAGUUCUUGGUCCAGAGGUUUGAGAUAGCUAAAUAUUCCAGUGAAGACCAGGUGGAGAUAUUCGGCAGCCUAUUACAACGCUCGCUCUCCCUCAACGUGGGCGGAGCCAAAAGCAGCCUCAACCGCCACGUAGCCGCCAUCGGACCCCGCUUCAGGCUCCUUACUCUGGGUCUAGCACUGCUCCAUUCUGACGUAGUCACCAACGCCACCAUCAGGAAUGUCCUCCGAGAGAAGAUCUACUCCACCGCCUUUGACUACUUCAGUGCCCCCCCUAAGUUCCCUACCCAGGGGGACAAGCGUCUGCGUGAGGACAUCAGCUUCAUGAUCCGUUUCUACGCCAGCAUCCUGUCAGACAAGAAGUACCUGGCGGCGUGCCAGCUGGUUCCUCCCGACAACCAGGACCCGUCGUUGAACAGUUUGUCAGUGAUGACGGCCCAGGAGCCCAGGAGCACCAUGUCUCAUGACUCCCGCUCCCAGCAGAGUGGCCAGAGUGGCUGGAUCAACACCUACCCUCUGUCCUCUGGCAUGUCCACCGCCUCCAAAAAGUCAGGCAUGUCUAAGAAGAGUAACAGAGGGACUCAGCUCCAUAAGUACUACAUGAAGCGUCGGACCCUGCUGCUGGCCUUACUGGCCAGUGAGAUUGAGCGGUUGACUACCUGGUACAACCCUCUGUGCACCCAGGAGUUGGCCAUCGCUACAGAACAGUCCGUGGAGACCAGCAUCGCCAACUGGAGGUCCAAGUACAUCAGCCUCAGUGAGAAACAGUGGAAAGACAACGUCAACCUGGCCUGGGGUAUAUCUCCUUACCUGGCGAUGCAGCUACCUGCCAGGUUUAAGAACGAUGUGAUCGUGGCUGAGGUGACCCGGCUGGUAAGGCUGGACCCUGGAGCUGUCAGCGACGUACCUGAGGCUGUCAAGUUCCUGGUGACAUGGCACACCAUUGAUGCAGAUUCUCCAGAGCUGAGUCAUAUCCUGUGUUGGGCUCCUGCUGACCCUCCCACCGGCCUGUCCUACUUCUCUUCCAUGUACCCCCCGCACCCCCUUACUGCUCAGUAUGGGGUCAAAGUACUACGGUCCUUUCCUCCGGAUGCCAUCCUGUUCUACAUUCCUCAGAUUGUUCAGGCCCUGCGCUAUGACAAGAUGGGGUAUGUGAGGGAGUACAUCCUGUGGGCGGCCCAGAAGUCUCAGCUGUUGGCCCACCAGUUCAUCUGGAACAUGAAGACUAACAUCUACCUGGACGAGGAAGCACACCAUAAAGACCCCGACAUCGGGGAUCUGUUGGAGGAGAUGCUUGAGGAGAUAAUCGGUGCUCAGUCUGGUGCAGCUAAAGACUUUUUCCAGAGAGAGUUCGACUUCUUCGACAAAAUCACCAACGUAUCUGCCAUCAUCAAGCCCACCCCAAAGGGAGAUGAGAGGAAGAGGGCCUGUCUCAAAGCUCUGUCUGACAUCAAAGUCCAGCAAGGCUGCUACCUGCCCAGUAAUCCAGAGGCCAUCGUAUUGGACAUCGACUACAAGUCUGGAACACCAAUGCAGAGUGCUGCCAAGGCCCCGUACCUGGCUAAGUUCAAGGUGAAGCGUUGUGGGGUCAGUGAGCUGGAGAAAGAGGGUCUGCGUUGUCAGACUGACUCCCAGGACGUGGAGUCGGGUGAAGAUGUAGCUCGCAGGAUCGUCUGGCAGGCCGCCAUCUUUAAAGUGGGAGACGACUGCAGACAGGACAUGCUGGCUCUCCAGAUCAUUGGUCUGUUUAAGAACAUCUUCCAACUUGUGGGUCUGGACCUGUUUGUGUUUCCCUACAGAGUUGUGGCUACUGCCCCUGGGUGUGGUGUGAUUGAGUGUAUCCCAGACUGUAAAUCCCGUGACCAACUGGGCAGACAGACAGACUUUGGGAUGUAUGACUACUUCAGAAACCAGUAUGGAGAUGAGUCCACUCUGGCCUUCCAGAAGGCGAGGUAUAACUUCAUCCGUAGUAUGGCUGCUUACAGCCUGCUGCUCUUCCUGCUACAAAUCAAAGAUAGACACAACGGGAACAUCAUGCUGGACAGCAAGGGACACCUUAUCCACAUAGACUUUGGCUUCAUGUUUGAGAGUUCUCCUGGUGGUAACCUGGGCUGGGAGCCGGACAUCAAGCUGACCGAUGAGAUGGUGAUGAUCAUGGGAGGCAAGAUGGAAGCCACUCCCUUCAAAUGGUUCAUGGAGCUGUGUGUCAGGGGGUACCUGGCCGUCAGGCCCUACAUGGAUGCAGUGGUGUCUCUAGUCACUCUGAUGCUGGACACUGGACUACCGUGCUUCAGAGGACAGACCAUCAAACUGCUCAAGCAGCGGUUCAACCCCAGUAUGAGUGAGAAGGAGGCGGCUGCCUUCAUCAUCAAGGUCAUCCAGAGCUGCUUCCUCAGCAGCAGGAGCAAGACCUAUGAUAUGCUUCAGUAUUACCAGAACCAGAUCCCAUACUGAAGACCUGCUGCAGUAUUAUCACAUACCUGUCUGAUAUGAGUUCUUAUUCCUUAUAUAGGCAGUAACCUCUUCUUUAGACUCUAUGUAAGGUCAGAGGUUGUCCUAUAUACUAGGUAAUUAUCCUUGGCUUGCUAGCCAGCUAGCGUCCAGCAACUUAUGCACUUUAUAGAUCGUUGUAUUUCACCCACCUGAUUGGACCCUGAUCAAGAGCUGUUAUGCUAGACUAGAGAAAUCACACUAACCAAUCACACAACCUGUAACUGAACUCCAAUACAAUCAGCAAAUCCCACGAUCAUAAUCCAUAUAUCAUGUAUCAAUGUCUUGAUGCAAUCACAGUGAAUGUGAGUGUCCCUGUCCUGUAGUCAAAAGCGAUGAGUAGAUAUUUUCUCUGGGGUCAUUUCUAAUGGUGGAGCUAGUGACUAUAUCUGUCUUGAGUCAGUCACAUACUGUGUGUGUCCGCCCCAAGGUUGGUGGGUCCAGUACAGAAUAAACCAGUGUUGUUUACCUAAUAACCCACUAACUCUGCAUGUCUCAUGAUCGGACCUUCUAGUAGCUACAUGGAUUUAGUAGCAUUCUUAAACAGGUGUGUGUGAGAUUAUGUUUGGAGACAUUCCUCUUUCUGCACAAAGAAAGAUUUUAUUCACCUUCAAUCCUGUAGUUGAAUCUCCAGGAUUUGUGUUUAGUAUUACAAUGGUGGUGGUGAUUUUACAAUGACAAUGAAGACCCAAAAAGCCAUUUCUCUAAACCUUGGCACAAACAGAAGGGUGGUAUUACGUGACAACUAUACUCCUCUGAUGUUAUGCUAGAUGUUACCUUCUUAAUGUGUGUCAACAUAUGAGAUUGCUGUCAUAAUCUCUUCAGAAACCCUUCUGUUUAUGAAGAUAUUUUACUUGGUAGUCUGUAAAGAUAAUUAAUCAUACAUCUUAUCAUUUUAGAUGUGUUAUUUUUGAUCUGAAUGGAUAUGUUAUUAUUUUACUUAGGGUAUUUCAUCUUAAACAUCCAUGUAUGUAUUACAGAGUAUGUUUGUAAUAUAACGUGGGCGGCAGGUCAGCUAGCGGCAAGGAACCGAAAGGUCGCUGGUUUGAAAGCCCCCAGCUGACUAGGUGUGGUAUCUACCAAUGUGCCCUUGAGCAAGACACUUAUUCAUAGUGACUUACAGGAGCAAUUAGGGUUAAGAGUGUCUGCUAAAUGAGUAAAAAUUGACACGUGAAGUAUAUUACGGUGUACUGUAUUUCAGGGCUCUACAGUGUAACCAUUUUACUCACAUAUGCGCCUAAAUGUUCUGCUGUGUGACCUGGAGGUUAAAUGUAGGCGUACCAGUGCACCUAGAAAAAUUUAAAGGAUUCUAGCUUUAAUACUUCAAAUAUUUUUCAUUGUGCGUAUUAAUUUCUUUGUGUGCUUACAUUUUUCAACUUAGGUGCACACAUGCUCAUUGUAAAAAUGAUCAGCGUAGAGAGCCCUACUAUGUACUGUAGGUUGUAAUGGCUAACAGGACAUGCAUUUCAGACCAAUGGGAUGAUAAAGAGCUGUUCCAUUAUUAGUAUUUUUAUUGGACUGUUGUAUUGUGAUAAAGUACUGAAACAUAAA